AUGGCCUUCACCCUGUCGGAGAUCAUGGCGGCGAGGCGGCAGCAGUCGCAGGCUCAAUCGCACACGCAGCGAGGCAGCAGGACAGCGGUGGAGGUGGACGAGUACAGCACCAACCCCACUCAGGCCUUUACCUUUUACAACAUCAACCAGGGACGCUUCCAGCCGCCACACGUCCACAUGGUGGACCCGAUGCCCCACGACACGCCCAAGCCGCCAGGCUACACCCGCUUCGUGUGCAUCUCGGACACUCACUCCCGCACCGACAGCAUCCAGAUGCCGUACGGGGACGUGUUCAUCCACGCCGGAGACUUCACUGAGCUGGGACUGCCCUCUGAGGUCAAGAAGUUCAACGACUGGCUGGGCACCCUGCCCUACGACAUCAAGAUAGUAAUCGCUGGAAACCACGAGCUGACCUUUGACCAGGAGUUUAUGGCUGAUCUGAUCAAGCAGGACUUCUACUACUUCCCAUCCGCCUCCAAGCUGAAGCCAGAGAAUUACGAGAACGUCCAGUCGCUGCUCACCAACUGCAUCUACCUGCAGGACUCCGAGGUCACAGUGCGGGGCUUCAGGAUCUACGGCUCCCCCUGGCAGCCCUGGUACUACGGCUGGGGGUUCAACCUGCCGCGGGGUCAAGCUCUGCUGGACAAAUGGAACCAGGUCCCAGACAACACGGACAUCCUGGUCACACACUGCCCCCCACUGGGUUUCCUGGACUGGGUCCCAAAAAAGAUGCAGCGCGUCGGGUGCAUGGAGCUGCUCAACACAGUCCAGAGGAGAGUGCAGCCUAAGCUACAUGUGUUCGGACACAUUCAUGAAGGUUACGGCAUGAUGACCGACGGCACCACAACGUUCGUCAAUGCCUCGGCCUGCACCGUCAACUUCCUACCCAUGAACGCACCCAUCGUCAUUGACCUUCCGAACCCCAGGGCCACAUGA